AUGGCCACAGCUAUGGCGCCCCCGAGCGGCCGCACGCGCAUGCGACUGACCAUCGAGGUGCUUCCCCUCGCGCCAGACGACGCCCACGGACCGUACCGCUCCCACGCCCUCGCCAGCUUCAAGGGACGCAGGUUUGCGCUGCCCGUGAGCACCGACGACACAUUUGAGACCGUCUGGGGCCAGAUUGAGCAUCGCUACAAGACCAGCUAUCUCAACGCGCAGCAGGCGGCCAACUUCACCAUCAAGAAGCUGCAGGACGCCUACGACUGCGACCUCUUCAUGACGGACACGGUCGGCUCCAUCUACGAGGGCGAGACAGAUGCGACGCUGCGCCUGAUCAAGGUCGUGCCGACCUUCCUCGACCGCGCCUUCUCCGUGCCGAGCACCUCCAGCCUGCGCCCUGCUCAUGCGCAAAAGCGCGCCCGCGGACUAGAACAGCCAGCCGCGACCAAGCGCCGCCGGACAGACCAGUCUGUCGAAGCAAUCGACCUCGAUGCUCUUGGCCCGCCGCGCGACCAGCCCGUACCCUCGACCGAACACGACACCCGCGGCCAGAGCAGGAGCAGGAGCAGGAGCAGCCACAGUCGCACAAGCAGUCGCACAAGCAGAUCCGCCACUGGAUCCUCUUCUCUGGUCCUCGUCAAUGGCACACGCACGGGACAGGCUGAGUUUGCCCCUGCAAUCAAGCAAGAGUCCCCCGAAUUCGGCUCUCCACCGCCACGGCAUCGUCCGACACCCCACCGGAGCCCUAAGCUCCCACAAGAACAUGGCCCUUCUCGGCGCACACCCUCCAGAACGCCCGCUGGUUCUGUGCAGCCCGCGGCAGGCCCGAGACGUGGAUCCGAGGCAGUUGGACCUGUUGACGAGCACCUGGCUGUCUCUACACACGAUGCGAAUGGAGAUGCGGACAAGGAGGGUGUGCAAACACCACAAUCGACCACCCAAGAGUCAGCCAUACAACACUCCCUGCCGCCCACGUCGGCACAACGGCCCCAGACCCCGCCGCGUGUUGCGACCAGGCGACCGAACGUAUACGAUGUGCCUAGUUCUCCGGAAUUCCUCACCAAUGAACCGAAAAAGGCAAAGUCGACCUAUGGUCGCAAUGUGACGACCCCCCGAUCCGCACUCGGCUUUCUGCGUACUCCAGUUAAGCCAGCCUCGUCCUCGCCUAGGAGGCCUGGCACCUUGAAGAAGCCCGCAAACGUACUCCAGUCGGACGUCAAUACCUCGAAAACGGCUGAAUUGGCACCCGUGCCAUCAUUGACUACCUCCUCGAAGAACGAAGGCCCAGCGUCAGCGUCAACGUCAGCGCAGCCCAGAAGGCGUGGAAGACCACGUAUACACCCUGAGCAACUCGCCGUGACCAGUGCAGCUACGCCUCGCAAAAACCUUGACCCUCCGUGCAAGACUCCUCUUACCACCAAAUCCUCACCCGACCUGCGCCAGCCAGCACGUUACCUCACUCACUCCCCGUCAACAGCUGACUCGGCAAGCGAUCGUGCUUCUGAAGAGCCAUCGGCGGUACCGCCAAAACCUGAAAAUGGGACUGCUGCCGGCAGCGAUUCGCCAUCAGCUCAUGAUCAGAGCUCGACCGAGGAAGAGAGUGACACUGAUGUUCAGCAAACUGGUCUACCAGGUGCCGCUCCAUAUCAGAUCACCUCGUCACCGCCAACCUUCCAGAACGCACCAGUCUCCACACCUUCUUUUCCAGCGACCAGCCAGCCAACAUUCUCGCAGCAGGUCCGACAGACACCUAUCCCAUUGCCCUUGAAUGCCGCACGAACUGAAGCUAGUCGUGCAGUUGCAAGAUAUACCGGCUUUCCUACUCUCCGGGAGCAACUUGUUGAUGCCAAGACUCCGUCCAAUUCUAGUCAAAUGAAGCCUUACGAUCCGAGAUUGGCCAACUUAGCGAAGCUCGCGGUGGAAUCCGAUGUAAAAUCCGCGUCGGUGGACGAUAGUAGCGAUGAGGAAAGUAGCAGCAGUGACAGUGAUUGA